GAAGAAGGAAAAGGAGAAGAUGAAGGGGCAUGAGAAGAUGAAGAAAUCUAGGGUUAUCAGAAUAAACUCAAAGAGUGAAUGGGAAAAUCAGAUCAGUGCCUACCCUGUUGUCGUUCACUUUUCUGCUUCCUGGUGCAUGCCUUCUGUCGCCAUGAAUCCUUCCUUUCAAAACCUUUCUUCUUCCUAUCAACAAGCCCUCUUCUUCAUGCUUGAUGUUGAUGAGGUUCAGGAAGUAGCAACGAAGAUGGAAAUACAAGCAAUGCCAACAUUUGUGAUGCUAAGUGGAGGGAAUGAGAAGGACAGAAUAGUGGGAGCAAAUCCUGAGGAGCUCAAGAAAAGAAUUGAUGCGUUUCUUUGUUCUUCAUCUACUGAUCACAACCCUCUCUAGAUCUUCAUCAUCCUUUUUUUUAUUAUUAUGUGUGAUGCCUAUAAAUCUGACACCAAAAGUCUGUUUUUUUUCUUUCUUUUUUAAUUUUUUCUUAUUUAAUUUUCAUGUCUGAUUGGAUUCAUUUUGAUUGUGUUUGUCGUUUGUUUUGUAACUUAGUAACAGUACUGCGUUUUUUCCUGUUCGUUGAAGGUA